AUGUUUCCGUGCUGCUUAGUUCCGACCAUAUCGACUUCCCAGCCGGUCGAGGUCUCUAUUGCAGCUAUUGCCUCGUGGUCGUACAACGUGUUCUUCCACCCACUGUCGAACUAUCCUGGACCUCGGCUCGCCGCAGCUACUAGGCUAUGGUACGCCUGGCAUUGUGCUAAAGGCUCUCUGCCCUUUGCCAUUCACAAGCUUCACCUCAGGUAUGGUGAUGUAGUCCGAGUGGCUCCAGAUGAGCUCUCGUAUAUCCACCCAGAUGGGUGGAACGAGAUUUAUGGUCAUCGUCCUGGACAGUCGGAGAUUCCGAAAGAUCCAAGCUUUUAUUCGAGUGCACUAUCCAGUCCGGAGGGUAUCUUUCGCGCCCCCCGGGACCGUCAUGGAUACAUUCGAAGACAGAUGUCACAUGGAUUCUCUGAGAAGUCGAUGAGAGAACAAGAAGACACUAUACGACACUAUGCGGACCUGAUGAUUAGCUACUUGAGCACUCAAGCCAAUGGACCGAAGGAAAAUGUUGUGGACUUCACCCGUUGGUAUAAUUAUUUCACGUUCGAUGUCAUGGGUCAACUGGUCUUCGGGGAAUCCUUUAACUGUCUUCAAAGCUCUGGCUUUCACCCCUGGGUCAGCAUAAUAUUCGACAGCAUCCGUUACAAUGUAUUCGUUCGAUGCACCCAAUUCUGGCCCUGGUUAAGCCCGGUCAUCAGAAGGUUUAUUCCGAAGAGCUUCCAACGCCGUAAAAUUGAGCAGCAAGCGCUAAGCCGAGAGAAGGCAAAUUAUCGGAAGACCAUCCAUGACGGUCGGAACGAUCUGGUUGCCAAUCUUCUUAAGCCUGACAGUGGUGUAACUGAUCUGGAGUAUCAAUCAACGGUGCAGACAUUGAUCGUUGCGGGCAGCGAAACUACUGCCUCCUUACUAUGCGGUGUUACUUUUCACCUCCUUAACAACCCAGAAAAACUGGAAAAGGCAGUGAAAGAAGUCCGGAGCGAGUUCGAUUCAGCUGAUAAGAUCUCCUUCGUCAGCGUAAACAAGCUCCAUUAUCUUCUGGCUUGCCUUAAUGAAGCGUUACGUGUUUAUCCUCCUGUGGCGGAUGGAUUUCCACGGAGAACGGGAUCUAAUGUAGAGGUGAUCAAUGGUCAGCCAGUGCCCCCAAAUACUGCCAUUCGGAUGACACACUGGGCAACCUACCGUUCUCCCCGAAACUUCGUGCGUCCCAAUGAGUACCUCCCCGAACGAUGGUUAGGCAAUGCUCCAGGUUUUGAGAAGGAUCACAAAAAUGCUUUGCAGCCGUUCCAUGUUGGACCUCGCAAUUGCAUUGGUCGAAAUCUUGCAUAUAUGGAAAUGCGCCUGCUGUUGGCUUUGGUACUCUGGAACUUUGAUCUGGAACUUUAUCCAGCUUCGAAGUUGUGGGAUAAGCAACGAGUAUAUAAUCUGUGGGAGAAGCCAGAGCUGAAGGUUAAGGUUCUGCCUAGGAAAAUAUAG